AUGAUGUGGAAGACCUCGGCUCUCGUAGUGUGUCUGCUGCUGGCUGGAGUAAAGGCGCUGGACGCCGGGCCCUCGUAUGGAGUCAAAUUAUGCGGCAGGGAGUUCAUCCGUGCUGUCAUCUUCACCUGCGGAGGAUCCCGAUGGAAACGCUCUUUAACAAACACAGAUGAAAUCCUGGACUUGUUCAACUCAUAUGACAGUAAUGCCGCAGACGGCUCGGUACUGUUCGGCUCAGCAUCCUCCUCUUCCCAGCAUGCCACUGACUCAAAUCUCCCACCACUGGGACAAGGUGAACAGGACGGCAGCGUGUUCAGCAGGCCUGCUCGCUCUCUCAUUUCAGAGGAGGUGCUUGAGGCACUGCGGAGCGUAGACAGAAAGGGACGGGAUGUGGUGGUGGGACUGUCCAACGCCUGCUGCAAAUGGGGCUGCAGUAAAGGAGAAAUCAGCUCCCUCUGCUGA